AUGGCUUCCAUCCGCCGCGCCCAACCCUCCGAGGCCGCCCUUCUCACCGACCUCGCCCUCGCCGCCAAAGCCUACUGGGGCUAUUCUCCCGCCUUUCUCGCCUCUGCCCGCUCCGAGCUCACCAUUACCGCCGCCGACAUUUCCCACCACGAGGUUCACGUCGCCACGCUGCCCCUCAACAACGACCGCAGCAUCGGCAGCGAAGAGGAAGAAGUCGUCGGCGUGUACCGUCUCACGCCACUGCAGCAUGACCAUGACCAGCGCUGCGACGCCGAGCUCAGCUACCUAUGGAUUCGCCCGCUGCGCAUCCGGCAGGGACUGGGCCGCCUGUUGUGGCAGCACGCGGUGCGGCGUGCGGCGGCGCUCGGGCUGGCGCGCUUCUCCCUGGACGCUGACCCCCAUGCGGAAGCAUUCUACGUCAAGAUGGGCGCGGACAGGUGUGAGGAGGACGCGCCGAGCAAGAGCGUGCCGGGGAGGACGCUGCCGCGGUUCGAGGUGGAUGUGCAGCGAGCCCUGACGGCGAUGAAGGGUGAGGACGAGGCUUGGAUAGAAAGAAACGAGGGCCAAUAA